GCAGAGCCUUCAGUAGCCCGGCACGCCAGCUGGCCGCUCGGACAAUCCAACGAGUCCGUCCGAUCCUGGAUGGUAGGCCAUCAUCAUGUCGAAAAGAAUGGAAGGAAAAAAGAAAUCGGAUUCUCGGGAGGGUCUCAUCUCCCGAGACUCGCAACAGAGCCUGAUAAGUAUCAAAGAAGAUCCGCAGUUUGUAAUGGGCCCGCCCGUCGAGUCGAUCCUGAAAAACGAAGAGAAACGAUAUUUGCUGCUGGUCGAGCGCGGUGAUUUCAACGGAGUCCGCAGCUUGAUAGAAGACUACAAGGAUCGCCCAAACGAUUUGAACCUGAACUGCACGGAUCCGCUGGGUCGUACGUCGCUCGUUAUCGCCAUCGAAAACGAGAGCUACGAGCUGCUUGAAGUCCUGCUCGAAGGUGGCAUUAAAGUGUCUGACGGGCUCCUGCACGCCAUCAGCGAGGAUUACGUCGAGGCCGUCGAGUUACUCCUCGAAUGGGAAGAAAAAAACCACAAGGAUGGCACUCCUUACAGCUGGGAAACGCUGGACAGCGAAAAUGCCACUUUUACGCCCGACAUCACUCCACUCAUUCUGGCGGCUCACCGGAACAACUACGAGAUCCUGAAACUCCUUCUGGAUCGUGGCGCUGCCUUACCUAUGCCCCAUGACGUCCGGUGCGGCUGCGAUGAGUGCAUUGCUUCCAGCAAGGCCGAUUCUCUGCGUCAUUCCCGCUCUAGGAUCAAUGCCUACCGUGCACUAGCUUCGCCAUCUCUUAUCGCCCUGUCCAGCAAGGAUCCCGUCUUGACUGCUUUCGAGUUGAGCAACGAAUUGCACCGCAUGUCCAUCAUUGAAUCCGAGUUCACCGUCGACUACAAGCAACUGGAGGAACAAUGCCAGAAGUUUGCGACGUCUUUGCUAGACCAUGUCCGAAGUUCAUACGAAUUGGAGACGCUACUCAACUAUUCUCAUGACUCUGAAGAAGUUUGGGAGCCCGGCGACCGUCAAACUCUUAACCGACUCGAAUUGGCCAUCAAGUACACCCAAAAAGAUUUUGUGGCUCACGCAAACGUGCAACAAUUGCUGGGAGCUAUUUGGUACCAAGGUUUGCCGGGAUUUCGUCGCCGCUCGGCCAUUGGCCAGAUCGUCGAGACGUUGAAAAUCGCAGCCAAGUUCCCCAUUUACUCGAUGCUCUACAUGAUAGCGCCAACGUCGGAAAAGGGGAAAUUCAUCAAGAAACCUUUCGUCAAAUUCAUUUGUCAUUCGGCCUCGUAUCUCUUCUUUCUCUCUCUACUCGGACUGGCUUCUCAACGCGUUGAAUACCUCCUCAUUGAAUGGUUUGGCACUGAAUGGAUGCAGGAGAUCAUGGAAGAUUGGAAACGUCGCGAAAGGGGAUCCAUACCAGGACCUAUAGAACUCUUCAUCAUGUUAUACAUAUUCGGGCACAUCUGGGCGGAAGUUCAUUCAUUAUGGUCCGACGGUCUAAUGGAAUACAUCACGGAUUUAUGGAACUUGAUUGAUUUCACUUCAAACAGCUUCUUCCUGGCUUGGAUAUUUUUACGAGGUGUCGCCUGGUUCAUCGUUCAGAGAGAACAAUGGGAUGGACUGAAUCCUUGGUAUCCGCGAGAGGAAUGGAGUACGUUCGACCCGAUGUUACUAAGCGAGGGAAUGUUUGGCGCCGCAAUGAUUUUCAGUUAUCUGAAGACGGUACACGUGUUCUCCAUCUCUCCGCAUCUGGGUCCGCUGCAAAUCUCUCUCGGCCGAAUUAUUAUCGACAUCAUCAAGUUUUUCUUCAUCUACAUGUUGGUCCUUGUCGCCUUUGGAUGCGGUUUGAAUCAACUGAUGUGGUACUACGCCGAUUUGACCAGGAAAAAAUGUUUCUGCUUGCCUAACGGAGGUCCUGAUUGGGAAAACGAAGAAGAAGCUUGUUUCUUUUGGCGCCGAUUUUCAAAUUUGUUCGAGACGUCGCAAUCUCUGUUUUGGGCCAGCUUCGGUCUUGUCGAUUUGCAAUCAUUCGAACUUCAAGGCAUCAAAGGUUUCACGCGCUUCUGGGGCUUGCUCAUGUUCGGAUCGUAUUCCAUGAUCAACAUUAUCGUCCUCCUCAACAUGUUGAUUGCCAUGAUGUCCAACUCUUACGCCGCAAUCGCCGAGAGGAGUGAUACCGAAUGGAAAUUCGCUCGUUCCAAACUUUGGCUCAGCUAUUUUGACGAUGGCGCCACUGUUCCGCCGCCUUUCAACAUCAUGCCGACGCCGAAAUCCAUGUUUAACGUGUGCAAGAAAAAACAAACCGAAGCAACUAAGGAAAAGAAUCAACACAAGGCCGAAAUCAGACACAUGGAGGUGAUGCGACUUUUGGUUAGGCGCUAUGUUACGGCCGAGCAAAAGAAGAGCGAAGAAAUGGGCGUUACCGAAGACGACGUCAAUGAAAUCAAACAAGACAUUUCGUCCUUCCGUUUCGAGUUGCUCGACAUCCUCCGCAAUAACGGAAUGAAGUGUGGCGACGCUGAGAAGGCCGGCAACGCGGCCGGUAAGAAGGGAAGACUUCGUGAGCGUCGUCUGAAGAAGGGCUUCCAGAUUGGUAUGGUGGAAGAUUUGAUCAGCUCCGUGAUUGCGAACGCCUCGGCAGACAAGGGACCCGUGGAUGUCUUUGGCAAAAUUGCUAAAGUCAUGGCAUCUCGCAGUAGCUCCAAGAUGAAGAAACGAAACGAAUGGAACGCCAUGGCAGCCAGCAAAGCGUCGAUUCGGAGGAAUCCUAUCGGAUCCAGAGCCCAAAGUAAUCAAAGAUGGUCGCAACAGUCUCUCCGUCGUUCGAUUAUCGAAUCAGAAAGGGAAAAUCUCUUGUCCAUGGAUCCUGAACGUAUCGCGGAAUACAAUCCUCGCCUUAAGGAGUACACGCCUGCCACCCGAGUGGCCUACGCCAAGUUCAAGCGCAAUACGCUGGGCGUCAUUGAUGAAAACAAACAAACAGGCAGCAAAGAGGACAGAAAGAUGGAAAAGAAAUUGAAAAAGAGUACCGUCUCCUUGAAGAAAUUGGCAUCCGAUCCGGAUAUGAAGAACAAACUGAUCGCUGCCGGAAUUGAAGGAUCAGCAGAACCGAAAACAAACUCAAAUUUGGAUACCAUCGUUCAUCUGGAAGAGAACGAAUCAGUUACUCCAGUACCACCCACUCCGACUCCAACUCCUAAGGCACCCACUCCUGCGCCUACUCCUGCACCUACAACUCCAGUUCCGACUCCAGCGCCUACGCCAGUGCCUGCAUCAGUGCCUACUCCGACUCCUAAAGCAGCUACUCCAGCGCCAACUCCUUCACCUACACCCAUACCCACAGUCUCGGGGACUGUGGCAGCAGCCCCACCAUCUCCUGCCCCUACUCCUACACCAACCACGCUCCAACCAAUAAGUGCUUCUUCACGCCCAGAUGAGAGAGGGCGUUCACCUUCACCCUCACCACGACCUGCUGCGUCUCGUCCUUCGUCUCGUCCUACAACACUGAAAGAAGGAUGGUUUUAAAUGGAUUAAAAUCAAGUCUAAAUUUUUCUAGAGUAGAUUUUGACACUUUUAACUUAAGAAAGAAAACUUACUGGUUCUGAUUCUUUUCGCUGCUAUGCCUUGCCAGUUGGUUAAUCCAUCCUGUAGUUUUCUCCAUAAAUGACAUGUUUAUUGCCCGCAACACAUUCUAAAUAUACACGCAAUAGCAAGCUCCGAA